GGCCCAGCUCGUCCACGCCCCACAACCGGCACCCCGCGCCCGGACCAUGUCGGUGGCCGACCAGGCCUUCGUCACACUGGCCACCAAUGAUGUCUACUGCCAGGGGGCGCUGGUCCUGGGACAGUCACUGAGGAACCACCGGACCACCAGGAAGCUGGCGGUGCUGAUUACACCUCAGGUGUCCCACCUGCUCAGGGUCAUCCUCUCGAGGGUGUUCGAUGACGUUAUUGAGGUGAACCUGAUACGCAGCGCAGACUACAUCCACCUGGCCUACCUGAAGAGACCUGAGCUCGGGGUCACCCUCACCAAGCUCCACUGCUGGACCCUCACCCAUUACAGCAAGUGCGUCUUCCUGGACGCGGACACGCUGGUGCUGUCCAAUAUCGACGAGCUGUUUGACCGGAGAGAGCUGUCUGCAGCCCCAGACCCAGGGUGGCCAGAUUGCUUCAACAGCGGCGUAUUUGUCUUCCAGCCUUCUCUCGAGACGCACAGCCGACUGCUGCAACACGCGGCCAACCAUGGCAGCUUUGAUGGGGCGGACCAAGGCUUACUGAACAGCUUCUUCAGUAGCUGGCCAACGGCGGACAUCCGCAAACACUUGCCCUUCAUCUACAACCUGAGCAGCAACGCGGCUUACACCUACGGCCCUGCCUUCAGACAGUUUGGUUCUGGCGCAAAGGUGGUGCACUUCUUGGGGUCCACCAAACCUUGGAGCUAUAAGUACAACCCGCAGACCGGCUCCAUCGUGCAGGACGGCUCGGGUGCGGACACCCCACACCAGCUGGCAUUUCUGAAUCUCUGGUGGGGGGUCUACCACAGCAGCGUCCUGCCUCUUUUGGAAAAUCUUAGAGACGUGGACGAGCACGCAGCCCCCGGACACCAAGUUUCCCCAGGUGGCAUUGGGGAGCCGUGUGCUCGCUCAGUGUCAGGUGCCAACGAGCCCUCACCUGUUCAGAGCCCCCCAGCGGAGACCGUGGUGGUGGACGAGACCCCGCCCUGCCCCGUCGGGUGCCAUCUGGAAGACCCAGUGGAUAAAGCUGAGAGCAGCCCAGAGGAGGACAACUUGGAACCCUGGCAGGACCCCCGUGUCCAGACCCCAAAGGACCCAGCUCCGCAGGACACAUUGCAGGUGGUCGACCUGGCCGUUUCUGUCUCCGAGAUCUCCAUCCGGGAAAAGGUCAGAGAACUGAGUCCGGAGGAAGAGCGGAAGAAAUGGGAAGAGGGACGUAUUGACUACCUGGGCAGGGAUGCCUUCGCUCGAAUUCAGGAGAAGUUGGACCGCUUUCUGCAGUGA